AUGAAAUUAUUAUUUAUUUUAUUAAUUUUAACAAUAACUAUUAAAAAUUGUUUAUCAAUUAAUAUAAACGAUAAUAAUAAUCAAAUUAUAAAUUUAAAAAUAAACGAUACAUCCUAUUCAAUGGUACCAUAUCAAGAUGAAGCAUGUGCUAAUUUGGAAGAAAGUAUUGGUUUUACAUUCCCAAGUUCACCAUCAAAAGUAAAAGAGGUAAUGACAGUUUUUGGUCAAUUUAAUAAUAAUUUCUGUGUAGUGAUUUCAAAUGAUGGUUCAGGUACAUUUGAGAUUGAAUGGUAUAUCGAUCAAGAUUGUUCAAACAUCGCACCAAAAUCAAAACCAUAUUCAACUGAACAAUAUCAAAUUGGGAAAUGUUUAUACUCAAGUACAAUGGGUUCAUACUAUACUCUAACUGAGACCGAUCAAGUCCAAUUCGAUGAAAACACAUUAAUCAUUCAAGAUACCAUCAAACAAGAUAAUAGUAAAUGUAAUUCAGUUAGAGAGGGUUAUUAUAGUUUUGUUAAAAACUCUACUCAAUUCCAAGAAAUGAGAGGCUGGGUGACCUUUACUGAUACUUAUUAUUGUACUGACAAUUUACAACCAUUUUGUUAUUCUUGUUCCGAUGAGGGUUGUAAUCAACUUUAUUUAGAACAAACUUGUGUUCAACAAGAUAACUUUAAUAUUAAAUGUUUUGGUUCAUCAUCAUCUUCUUCUUUCUAA